AGCGCUGAGUGUCUGAAAGAAGCCGACUCUUGUUUACGGCACAGAUUCCGCCGAUCAGACCCACAGUCCGUUUCAACCAAGGACCCGUCGGACCCUUUUCUCCGUUUGGACACGAUCGCGACGCGAGGAGUGCACUUUGAAGCCGCCUUCUUUUAUUUUCUACGAAGAUGGAAGCGAAAGAGAAACGACAAUAAAGCUCCUUGUCCCGCCUCCCGCCGUCACCGAGGUCGUCUGGAGAUCCGCUUCUCUCCUGCGUGGCACAAGUCUGCUCUUCUCGACGGCCCACGGCCGACCCAAGGAGCUGAGGGGGGGAACAAAAAACGCUUUUUAAACGUACUCUUCGGCGCGGAUCGAUUACUGGAUGAAUGGCAUAAGCAUCAAAAGGCUUUUUUCAUUCAUUUUUUUCCAGCCACGCAGCCACCACCCCUGUGGAUUCAGACGUGUUUCGACCCCCUCCUCCCCACAUCCACAGCCCCUUCACACGGGAGAUUCUGGGCUUUUUUUUUAUUAUUAUUAUUAAUUAUUAUUAUUAUUUUGAGGGGGCGUUAAUUGAAUAUUCUGAUUAAUCCACAAAUAACAGCGUCGAGUGGUUUUGCUGGAUUUAUUAUUCGUGUGAAUAAACAGGCGAUCUGUUUUUUUUUAAGCGAUGGAGACUGAAGAUGGGGAUUACCAUCAUUUAUCCACUAAAAUCAAGGGCUUGUGUGCCUAUUAUCACAAAUACUGCAAACUGUUAUAGUAUCUGUUUUUCUUCAAAGGAAUUCCUCCAUUAAUAUAUUUUGUUCGAAUCCAGCGGUUAUUUUUUUACCCCCGUUUUUUCAUAUUAACGCUCCGUUUUUUUAGAAGCUGUUGCGCAGCAUCUGAUCAGAUUUUAUGCUUUGACCUUUUUUUAAACUAUUAAUAUAUAUUUUUAAAUAAUGCCCAGGAGACUAGAAACACCGAUGGGGAUGCGGACCUUAUUUUGGGGUUUGAUGCUGUCUGUCUCCACAAUCUGCAUAAGGGCCACAUAUGGAGAGAUCUGUGGUCCGAACAUUGAUAUCCGAAAUGACAUCAGUGAGUUCAAGCGGCUGGAAAACUGCACAGUGGUAGAAGGCUACCUACAGAUCCUUCUUAUCUUUGACAAGACCAACAACAUCAACCAGGAGGCUUUCCGCUCCCUCAGCUUCCCAAAGCUCACCGUCAUUACCGACUUCCUGCUGCUGUUUCGUGUCUCGGGCUUGGACAGCCUCAGUGUGCUCUUCCCCAAUCUGAGUGUGAUUCGAGGACGAAAUCUCUUCUACAACUAUGCCCUAGUGAUCUAUGAGAUGACCAGCUUGAAGGACAUUGGUCUGUACAAUCUGAGAAACAUCACCCGUGGAGCCAUCCGGAUUGAGAAGAACCCCGAGCUCUGUUACCUGGACUCUGUGGACUGGUCUCUUAUCAUGAAUGCGGAACUCAUCAACACUAUCAGUGGAAAUAAGAAAGCAAAGGAGUGUGACAACGUCUGCCCAGGCAUUAUUGGAGAUAACCCUCUCUGCCAACGGACAGCCAUCAAUGAUAACUAUGAUUACCGCUGCUGGACGUCCCACCAGUGUCAGAAAGUGUGUCCAGCCAAUUGCAGACUGGCUUGUACAGAUAAAGGGGAGUGUUGCCACAGCCAGUGCUUGGGUAGCUGUACCAAACCCAACAACAACAUGGCCUGCUCCGCAUGCCUCCACUACUACCACGAGGGUCACUGUGUACCAGACUGUCCACCAGGCACCUAUAAGUUUGAAGGUUGGCGCUGCAUCACCAUGGACCUGUGCUUCCAAGUGCACAUGCCCGAUGACAAUCACUUCGUCAUCCACAGGGGAGAAUGCAUGAUCGACUGCCCCCCUGGCUUCACCAGAAAUGAGACGAAUCGUAUGUUUUGCAGUGCAUGCAAUGGCCAGUGUGAUAAGUUGUGCUCAUCCCCGAUCAUCGACUCUGUGGAUGCGGCUCAGUCUUUGAUGGACUGCACCAUCAUCACGGGAAACCUGGACAUCAACAUCCGCCAUGGAAACAACAUAGCAUCUGAGCUGGAGAACUUCAUGGGGUUGAUCAAGACAGUAACAGGCUAUGUGAGGAUUCGCCACUCCCACACACUUGGCUCGCUGUCCUUCCUCAAGAGUCUGCGCUACAUUAAUGGAGAGAAGCUGAUGGAUGGGAUGUAUGCAUUCCUUGCCAUCGACAACCAGAACUUGCAGUACCUGUGGGACUGGAAUCACCACAACCUAACUAUUUUGGCUGGACGCCUCUUCUUCCGUGGCAACCCCAAACUCUGCAUGUCCGAGAUCCAUACGAUGUGGGAGAAGACGGGCAUAACUAUGGAAAAAGAGCAGGGUGAUUUCAGAAACAAUGGUGAACGAGCAAGCUGUAAGAGUCACAUCAUAAAGUUCAAGUCAAACAGCACAACAAGCAACAUGAUCAAGCUGACAUGGGAGCGCUACCAGCCACAUAACUAUACAGACCUCAUCAGCUUCAUAGUCUACUACAAGGAGGCCCCUUCCAAGAACAUAACAGAAUUUGAUGGCCAGGAUGGUUGUGGUUCAAACAGUUGGAACAUGGUGGAUGUGGAUUUACCCCCAGAUAACAAUUCAGACCCAAGGGUUGAGCUUAAACACCUCAAACCUUGGACCCAGUAUGCUAUUUUUGUGAAGACCAUUACACUGCAGGUGGAAGAAAAACCGGGGCAUUACAUUACUGGGGCAAACACUGAUGUGGUCUACGUGCGGACCCGCCCAUCACCACCGUCUAUGCCAAAGGAUGCCCGUGCAUAUGCCAACUCCUCAACCAAGCUGGUGGUGAAGUGGUCACCUCCUGUGCAUCCCAACGGCAAUCUGACAUACUAUCGUGUUCGCUGGCAACAGCAGCCUGAGGAUAGAGAGCUCUACCAACACAACUACUGUUCCAAAGAGCUGAAUAUCCCAUUCCGGAAGUCAGUCACAGAACUGACAGACAUAGAGGAGAACACCAAGCCCACUAAGUCAGACAUGGCGGCUGCAGAGAAGGGUCCCUGCUGUGUUUGCCCGAAGACCGCUGAGGAGAAGGACCGGGCGAAUCAUGACCGCAUAUUUCUAAAAGUCUUUGAGAACUUCCUUCACAAUGCCAUCUUUCGGCCAAGACCCCCAGACCGUCGCCGUAGAGACGUCUUUGGUGUGGCUAACAACACACUGCUGCAGGACGUUGCUGGUCGGGAAAACAUCACCACUCUCGGCCCAUGGGAAAAUAGUACAUAUGGAAUACCGCCUAAAAAGGAAUACCCCUUCUACGAGGACAGGAGCACGACCGAGUACUUGGAAAUCUCUAACCUGCGACCGUUCACUGUUUACCGGAUUGAUAUCCAUGCCUGCAAUGAGGAGGUGAAGCGUUGCAGUGCUGCAGCCUUCGUCUUUUCCAGGACCAAACCUGAAGAUAAAGGUGAUGACAUACCCGGGAAGGUGAUCUAUGAGAAGGACGAGAAGGUUGAGGGUUGUGUGAUGUUGCACUGGCCAGAACCCGUCAUGCCCAAUGGACUCAUCCUGAUGUAUGAGAUCAGGUUCCGUCUGGGAACUGAGUCUGAGAAACACGAGUGUGUGUCACGGCGUCACUACUACGAACAUAAAGGGACUCGGCUGACCAACCUCGGUGCUGGUAACUACUCUGUCCAUGUGCGUGCCACUUCUCUAGCAGGGAACGGCUCCUGGACAGAUACACUGUCCUUCUACGUGCCUCCACCCAAACGGGAGAAUAGUGUUCCAUUCUACUUGGGCAUCGUCAUUCCUCUCAUAGCGAUUUUUGGCAUUGCCUGCCUCAUCAUGAUUCUUGUCUUUGUUAACAAAAAGAGGAACAGUGACCGACUGGGAAAUGGCGUCCUUUAUGCCUCUGUCAACCCAGAGUACUUCAGUGCUGCUGACAUGUACGUCCCAGAUGAGUGGGAGGUGGCGAGAGAGAAGAUCACAAUGCACAAGGAGCUGGGUCAAGGCUCCUUUGGCAUGGUGUAUGAAGGCUUUGCCAAGGGAGUGGUCAAGGAUGAGCCCGAGACACGCGUGGCCAUCAAGACAGUGAACGAGUCAGCCAGUAUGAGGGAGCGGAUUGAGUUUUUGAACGAGGCCUCUGUUAUGAAGGAGUUCAACUGCCACCAUGUGGUGCGUCUACUGGGUGUGGUCUCCCAAGGGCAGCCGACCUUGGUGAUUAUGGAGCUGAUGACCCGUGGAGAUCUGAAGAGCCACCUGCGCUCUCUGCGCAAAGAAAACGCCACCAGCCAGGUUCUACCGCCACUCAAAAAGAUGAUCCAGAUGGCUGGGGAAAUUGCCGAUGGCAUGGCGUAUCUAAACGCCAACAAGUUUGUCCACAGAGACCUGGCUGCUCGGAACUGCAUGGUGGCAGAGGACUUCACUGUGAAGAUCGGCGAUUUUGGCAUGACCAGAGACAUUUAUGAGACAGAUUACUAUCGAAAAGGAGGGAAAGGCCUCCUGCCUGUCCGCUGGAUGUCUCCAGAGUCCCUGAAAGAUGGCGUUUUCACAACGAUGUCUGAUGUCUGGUCAUUUGGCGUGGUGCUGUGGGAGAUCGCCACCUUAGCAGAACAGCCCUACCAGGGCAUGUCGAAUGAGCAAGUGCUGCGCUUCGUCAUGGAGGGAGGACUCUUGGACAAGCCUGACAACUGCCCCGAUAUGCUAUUUGAGCUCAUGAGGAUGUGCUGGCAGUAUAACCCCAAGAUGCGUCCGACCUUCCUGGAAAUCAUCAGCAGCAUCAAAGAUGAUCUCGACCCUCCCUUUAGGGAAGUGAGCUUCUUUUACAGUGAGGAGAACAAACCGCCAGACACCCAGGAGCUGGACAUGGAGGUCGAAAACAUGGAGAACAUUCCACUGGACCCUGCAUCCACCCGGCAGCCGUCUGCCGCGGCCGCCCCCUCAACAGGCUGUACAGGAGGAACAUCACCUCCUUCCCAGCAGUUAACACCCAUGCAAGGCCCUAGUACUCCAUUAUUGGGACCCAUUUCCCCCUCCUCCCCAGCCUUGGCAUCUCCAGGUCAAACCUCGGAGAAGCACUCAGGACAUGUUCCAGCCAACGGGCCUGUGGUGGUGUUGCGUCCAAACUUCGACGAGCUGCAGCCCUAUGCACACAUGAACGGGGGUAGAAAGAAUGAGCGUGCGCUACCGCUGCCCCAGUCGUCGGCUUGCUGAUAACAGCUCUGUGCGGCCAGGCCAGCCCCAAGUCCUCAUCCUCCUACACAGGGUAACACAAACCUCUCCUCAAUCAUGGAUGGAGAAGGUAAGAAAAGACAUUCUUCUGCUGUGUGCCAGCAGAUUUUUUUUUUCUCGCUUCUUUAAGGUCAGACUUGAUCUUCACAACUUAAAAAAAGGCACAGAAACAUGUUAAGGUACUUCACGUCUGGUUCCUCAGUCUCGUCACUGGGGAGUCCUUCUCGUGCGGCCUGCAUUACAGGAAUCCUUCAAGAAGGAAAACAGUUCAGACAUUCAGCCACACUUACUGACUUAGAAGACAUGAACUUAAAAACCAACCUUUUUAGCAUAUCUGCCAGCAAAUCCAACAGAAGAGCACUUUUAUCCUUGAUAAUUUCAGAGAGAAUGUUGUGAAUAUCUGAGUGUGUAUUUAUACAAACACAUGAUUCUCUCUAUGAUAUAGCAUUUCUAAAAUUACUUCAGUCAAAAUGACUCCUUUCAUGAGCAGACCAGCUCAUGUCGUGAGGAUGUGCCUCGCUUCUGAAUUUUGGACUGAGAUAAUCAUUUCAUUUUCCUGUUCUUAUGUCUGUGGGUGUAAGAUUGGGUCAAAAUGGAAGAGGACAGCCUGUCACCUAUUUGCCAAACUAUUGCCAAAUCAUGUUUUUUCUAUCUCAUCUCCAUUCUCAUUCCAAGCUGUGAUUUAGAGUUAAAAAAUGGCUGCCAGGAUCUAAUACCAGAACAUGUUGGUCCUCAGACCCUGGGUAGCAUGGAGGUCCGCAUUUACACCUGAAAAUGUUUUUCGGACUGUGAAGUUUGUGACGUGCAAGCUUAAGAUAAUUUGAAGUGAAAAAUACAAAUAAAUAAAUCCAUUUCAGCUGGUAAUGUGAAUGUACGCAUAUACAAAUUGGCUGGUCUGAAACAAAUAAGUAAAUUCAGCAAAUGGAUUUGGCAUAUGUAUAAAAACACAUUCAGUACAUUGGAAUUUCAUCUUGGUUGAGAUUCUCAUUUUUUUUUCAUCUGAACAACUUCAAUCUGUUACUAGGUAAAUCUAUCAGACAGUCGUAUCCAAAGUGUUAGCAGCUACAAGACAUUUCCAUGCAUGUCCAGUGGUAGUACUGAGCGUGUAGGGCUCUGACACUCUGAGUAGCAACAGAACCAAGUAAUACAUACAUUUACCAUUGAUGGACAUUUACCAUUAAUGCUGCUACAAUGAAAAAAAAAUCACUUAUUUUAAGUGAUUUUGCUACAUUUAUUCACGAACAGCAUUCACCACAGCCAUCUGUCAUCUCGUCGUCAGCACUCUGCUAGCGAGAGAUACCAUGGAGUCACGAGGUUUCUGGCCAACAUCUUUGCAUAAAAACGAAGUUUAAAGUCUAAGGAGUUCUGGUGCUGCAUGUCUUACUGCAUGGUUGUGAGAUUUGAAUGAUAACCAGUGAUUUAAGGUGACAACUUAAUGUCUUUAGAACCAGGUAUCCUCAGAGGAUUGUAGGGUACUGCUGGAAUACCUUUGUAUUAAAUGAGUGGUUACUUGUAGGGACUCAGAUGAGAAGCGCCACUUAAUGCAACACAGUGGCUCAGUGGUUAGCACUCUUGCCUCACAGAAAGUAUGGUGUUCAAUACCCCCAUGCCCAGUUACUUUAUGCUUGGAGUUUGUAUGUUCUCCCCAUUUCCGCCUGGGUUUCCUUGGGGCACUCCGGUUUCCUCACACCAUCAAAAACUUACCAAUUAUGAUCUGCCCUUGAUCACAGCAGUGUUUCUACAUCUGGAAUUGGCGCCACACUUUGGCUGCUUCUAGUGGUUGGAUUUUGUGUAAAUGUAAUUAGGAUGGGCUAAAUGCAGAAGACAAAUUUUGUUGCAUGUAUCCAUCUUUUUGCACUGUGAGGGAGCAUCAGCUAGAGCAUUUUGUCCAUGUAGUGCAUUUUCUCUGGGCAUGAUCCAGCACAUACAUGCCUCAGUUUUGAGGACCCCAGUGGCGUGAAAUGCCUAAGCCGAAUUAAGGUCUUAUAUGGGCCUUUCGGCCCACUGGUGUCGUGCUUAAUCCCAGAUUCCACUGCAUGGAUGAUAAUGUAAAAGUCCCCCUGGAUGGGACACCAGUCCAUCGCAGGUUACUUUCUCAACCAAAACUGAUACAAAUUUAGAGCUGACUGGGGUGGACUGAGACAAUGCAGAAGUUUCUUGUCCAAGGACACACACACAGGUGACAUGACGGAAUCAAAUCCAGGUCUACCUAUUGAUUGGUUGUUAAUCACUGCAUGUGUCGUAGCUGCUCAGAAUGUCAACGCACCACCACAUGGAUAUGUUUCACACCUGUAGCUACCACCUCUUUGGAUAUGACUCUCAUACCUGUAACCCAUGUCCCAUCCAUAUAUACAUGUGGCUGAAGACACUAGAUUUUAGUUUGUUUGUUUAAUUUUUUUUUUCUCUCGAGUAAUUGACAUUAUAUAGAAGAUACAAACUGAACAAAUCACUUUGUCAAAGGAACAAUUUUCUCCCCAUUUUCUGAUACUGCAAAAGCCAUCAUACUCUUGCUCUUGCUGGUGACCACAGCAGUGACUGCCCAAAAAUGAAUGCCUUCUACGUACAUAUCUGUGGGACGUGUUUGGAGUCAGCCAACUCUAAAUCACAGCUUCAGUCUGUCUCCAUUUUCAGAAAGCAUCAUGUGUCUCUCACACUGCUAAUUUCUCAUGGCCACAAUCAAGGAACAGUUGUUUGCCUCCAGUUCCAUUUAUUCAAAUCAGUGCCCUUAUUUAUCAGUUUUACGUGAGCUUCAUUGCCCGAAUCAAUGCAACACCAAACACAUGUGAGACAGACAACGAGAACAUAUUUGCGAGACAACCUUGAAGCCACAGCACGUCUUUUUUGGAACACAAACACACACAUAAAGGUCUUACAGUUGUAUUUUAGACUGUAGGAUCACUUUUAUACACAUUGUCUGUUUCUCACUUUUUUUCAACCUUUUUACAGUUCAGAUAUUUCCUUCUAUGUCUGUACAGAACAAAGCUGCUAUUUUAUUCUUUUCUCUUUUGGAUGUUAUACAUAAAGAAAUCCUUCAGGUGUGGUAUUUUAUGAUCUCCACUACAGUUUAUUUCUUAUAUCUUCUAGCUAUGUUUAAAAAAAGAAAGAAAAAAAACAAAACUAAAACAACAAAGAAAAAAAAAAUUAGAUAUCAGUCCAUGUUUUCUUUUACUCCGAAACACUACAUUUUCUUCAAUGCCUUUUUGUUUAUGAAAUGUUUCCUCUUCUAAUGUUGUGGAUGUCUAUUAUUAAUUAUUUUAAUUAUUAUUAUUAUAUUAUUAUUAUUGUGAAUGGACACCUUAGCUCGAUAUGUGAGCAUGUACUUUCUGCACCCUUUUUUUCGCCUAACACCUGUGCCUAGCGUUGCUCACUAGGUGCGAGUCAAUCUCAGGUCAAAGUAAAGGCUUUUUAGUUCGACACCCAUUCUCUGGAUCAUCCUCUUCUACCGCCUCGUCCCCUCUCCUGCUUUGUGGCGCCCUCUAGCCUCCCCUCCGGCCCCCGUCACUCUGCAGCAUAUAGUACCUGCUCCCACCUGGUGCCUCCUUCUGAAGUCAAGAUUAGCUCAAGUUUCUCCCAGAUCUGGCACUUUAACCCAUCCACCUCCAGCCUCCUCCCGAUUCAAUAGAGCUACUUAGUUUGUCUUAUUUGCCUUAAUUACGCCAACCAUCUCUCAUCCAUCUGAUGGUUUCUUUCUUUUUUCUUUUUUUUUCGGCAUCAGCACCCUCCAGUCACACAUGUCUCCUGUUGGCAUGCUACUUCUUCAAAAUGAAAACAGGUCUUAUUGUUGAUGCUUCUGAAAACCAAAUAAAUGAUGGGUUAAAGUCCAGGGAAGGGAACACCACAAAUGGAAAAGGUCUUAAAUGGAGGCUGAACAGUCAAAUCAAAGCGUUUUGAAGGCUAUCUUGUUGUCUCUUGGAAAUGUUGCUUGGUGAUUAUGAUUUUUCUUUUUUUUUCUGUAGGAGUGUUAUUUAUUUAUUUUUAAAAUUUUCCUUUUGUGAUAGUUUAAAUCACUGUACAAAUACCCCGUGAUUCAGUAUAAAGUUGUUGUUUUUUUUCCUUUGUAUGUAUUUUUCUUUGGUGUCAUGAUUGGGGGACUUAAAACUUAUUUUUUUUUCCUUUAAGUAUAUAUCUACCUCACUCUUUUUAAAAAUAUAUGUAUGGAAACAAAUACAUCUCACUCUUUGUCAUUAGUUUGAAAAGACACUUCAUCAUCUGGAGAAACCUACGGGGAUCUAGAUAAACCUCACAUGUGGUCUAAGAGUGGAGAUGGAAUCCCUCUGUAGGUAGUUCUGCAGCAGGUUCACCCAAAAACAUGAACGCCUCUGAGGACACACAGGACAGCAUGUGUACUCAGGACGGCCUUGAAGAAUGACGUCAGCUGUAUUUUGUUUUGAUUGUAUAACUUGAUGUUUUUGGGCUCGGAGCAGAGCGACACAGAUUUACCAUCAGACAUUCCAUCUCCACUGACUCCCAAAAAGAUUGUUGCAACCACACAUCCUCAAGCAAACAUAAACCUCUAUUUUCUCAUCUGAAAUGAAUUUAUGUAGAAAGUGAAGCAUUUAUCACGGAGAAUAUUUAAAAGGGAAAAAGAUCUAUUGAUGAUCAGACCUGAAAUCAGACCUCAUUUAUGCGUACAGAAAAGAUAAGUACUGUGAAAUGUGGUAAGGACAUUUCACUACAGAUUUCUAUGUAAAACAUUUAUAAGCGAUAAGCAGUAACUCUGCCUCGCUGCACAUAUGAUUCACACACUCCUAAACAGACAGAAACUUAACAGGUUUCUCAGUUGAUGCUGGAACCAAAGUAUCACAAUAAACCACACACUCCAUUUUUGUCCCAAUAAACUCACUCUGGUUCUCCAUAAUUUCUCUACCUGUCCACAUUCUCCUACUGUGAUGUUCUAGCUCUCAUGACACCCAACAGAGAGGA